AUGGAUAAUAUAUCAUCAGAAUGGUUUUAUGAUUCUAUUCUAUUAAAAUAUCCUUCGAUUGCAUUUAAAUAUCGUUCAUGGUUUGAUCAUGUCAAACCAGAUAUAAUUCCCGAUGGAACUGAUAUGAUUAAAUUAAAACAAUGGCAAAUAGCUCUUAUGAUUCAAGCACAAAUUAAAGCUGAACAACGACAACAAUUAUCAAAUGAAAAUUAA